AAAUGGUAGAAAGAGACAUCAAAUAUACAGAGUCAGGGACUGGAAGCGUACACAGACAGAGCAGCCUGUACAGUCGUCACUCUCGGAAACAUGUGGAAAGUGUGUCGAUGGAGAUCUGUACUAUACUGACCAGGCUGGGAUACGGCGAGGAGGUUAGACGGUGGCGAGUGGAUAAAUACAAAGAGUUUGAUAGACUGUUGAAUGCACGAACAAUUGAUGUAAAUCUAAUCACAGUCGGCAGCAAGGCAGAAGGCCUGACCUGCUUUUACGAAAGUGACAGCGACUUAUUAUACGCUUUGAAACGUGUCCUCUGUGUGGAAGCCGGUAUCAAUCUUGGCACCAUACCAGACGACAUAGACGUGUUUAGAAUGGAUACACGCGCAUGUCCAGGGCAUUGCAGACUGCUACAAGAGAGGAAAGCACAUAGAGAGAUGGGCUGCCAGACCCCGUCAUUGGCCGCCACCACUCAUAGUUCAGAAAGAUGUAUCAUUAGGAGCCAAUCUAACCCAUGUAGGAUGUGCAAGAAGUGA